AAAAUGUGUCAUCCCUAAAUUUGAGUACAAACCAUCCAUAUAUGUUCAGCUUCAUUUUGUCUGACUAACCUAGUCUUGCUCCACUUAAAAAAAAAAAAAAUGUUUUUCCACGUUUGGUGUCUUUCUUCACUCUUACAACUUUCAGCUAACAAGAACAUUUCCCCUUCAUUCUUCUUUGUUGCAUAGUGACUGUUUAUAGAUUAUUUAAUUUACAUACAUUUCUAGGUGAAAACUGCUAUGGCAGUUCAAAAUUAUUUUUCCUUUUCUGUAUGUUUUGAUUCUUUUGCGGGGAGGGGUAGAUAAAUUUUAUUCUGUAAACUCCUUUUUCUCCCUGCUGGAGAUGAGAGAGUUGAUAUUAUACUACUUUGCUACAAAAUUGGCUAUUGUCAUUUUACAGGGACCUUUCACUUCUGUGAUUUCUCCUUCCCUCCCCACCAGGAAAGAAUGACAUACUUAAGUCACACUGCCUCCAAGACAUCUGAUGCUUUGACACUCUUCCUUAGCACAACUCUGCCAAACCCAAAUCCCUUUUGUAAAACCCUUAUGUUGAUGAUCCACAUGGGGCAGCAGGGAUUACAGGUGCCAUGAAUAAAAAAUAGGAGGGGGGAGGAAUUUGAGGCCUGUUAGAGAGGGGUGGAGUUCAGGUGAACUGAUCCUAGAUAAGCAGUGAUUAUGAAUGUAAUUGGGGAAAAUAGGGAAACUGUACCAAGGGCCUUCCUGCUGUGAAGAAUACCAGGCAGAAGGGGUGGGUAAACUGUUUUCAGUGUCUUAAAAAGCUAGUUAAAAAUUGUUUUUCUGUUGGGAACCAGUGURAAGCAUCCUGAUUCCUCCCAGAGUUCUCAGAUCUUUUCUAAGUGUUACCUCUAAUUGCAUUUUAUAAUUUAAAAAAAUACAGUGGCGCUUCCUGUAUCUACAUCCUUAUGAUGUUUCUAGGUUGUUUAUUUUGUUGAUGCUUACUAGCAUGAUAAAAAACUGAGCAGUUUAUGCUCUUGAGUUUGGGGGGUGGGGRCUUGUUUUGUUCUGUUUUGUUUUGAUGGAAGUAUUAAGGCCAACUUAAAUGUGAUGACUGAAGAUUAAGUCUGGCAGGCAACUCUUUGUAUUUUGUAUUAGACUUCAAAAAUCUUUUCUUCUUCUUCUUCUUCUUUUUUUUUUUUUUUAAAUCCAGGAGAAUGCUUUAUUUCAACUUUUAGCUGACUAGAUGCUUAACUUAGUAACAAGUUUAGCCCUUGUAACUGGCUAGCUAAAAGCAAAUCGGCUUGUUUCUCAGAUCUUUGGGGGAUAGCAAGAAACAUUUGAGUGAAUGUUGUUGAAGAUUUUCAGUAGUAUAGAAAAUGAUGGCGCUCUUGUGAUAUUUGUAAGUACAAGCAAGGAUUUGGCACAGACAUCCUAUUUCAUGGCUACCAACAGUCUACAUCUUACGACCUUCUGUCUUCAGUACAAACCAACAGUGAUAGCAUGUGUAUGCAUUCAUUUGGCUUGCAAAUGGUCCAAUUGGGAGAUUCCUGUGUCAACAGAUGGAAAGCAUUGGUGGGAAUAUGUGGAUCCUACAGUUACUCUAGAAUUACUAGAUGAGCUAACACAUGAGUUUCUACAAAUAUUGGAGAAAACACCUAGUAGGUUGAAGAGGAUUCGAAACUGGAGGGCUAAUCAGGCGGCUAAGAAACCAAAAGUAGAUGGACAAGUUUCAGAGACACCACUUCUUGGCUCAUCUUUGGUCCAGAAUUCAAUAUUAGUAGAUAGUGUCACAGGUGUGCCUACAAACCCAAGUUUUCAGAAACCAUCUACGUCAGCAUUCCCUGCACCGGUACCUCUAAAUUCAGGAAAUAUAUCUGUUCAGGACAGCCAUACAUCUGAUAAUCUGUCAGUGCUAGCAUCAGGAAUGCCCAGUACCUCAUAUGGUUUGUCAUCACACCAAGAAUGGCCUCAGCAUCAAGAAUCGACAAGGACAGAACCGAUUUAUUCACAGAAACAGGAGACAUCUUUGUCUAGUAGCCAAUACAACAUCAACUUYCAGCAGGGACCUUCAAUAUCACUGCAUUCAGGAUUACAUCAUAGAACUGACAAAAUUUCUGAUCAUUCUUCUGUUAAGCAAGAAUAUGUUCAUAAAGCAGGGAGCAGUAAACACCAUGGGCCUAUUUCUGCUACUCCUGGAGUAAUUCCUCAGAAAAUGUCUUUAGAUAAAUAUAGAGAAAAACGCAAGCUAGAAACUCUAGAUCUUGAUGUAAGGGAUCAUUAUAUAGCUGCCCAGGUAGAGCAGCAACACAAACACAUGCAAUCACAGGCAGCCAGCAGCAGUUCUGUAACUUCUCCUAUUAAAAUGAAAAUUCCCAUCACAAAUACUGAAAAACCUGAAAAAUUCAUAGGAGAGAAAAAGGAAAAAAGUGGAUCACUAAAAUUACGGAUUCCAAUACCACCCGCUGAUAAAGGCACUAGUAAGGAAGAACUGAAGAUGAAGAUAAAAGUUUCAUCCUCAGAAAGACACAGCUCUUCUGAUGAAGGCAGUGGGAAGAGCAAACAUUCAAGCCCACAUAUUGGCAGAGACCAUAAGGAAAAGCACAAGGAGCAUCCUGCAAACCGUCACCAUGCAAGCAGUCACAAGCAUUCCCACUUACAUAGUGGCAGCAGCAGCAGCAGCAGUGGCAGUAAACACAGUGCUGAUGGAAUACCACCCACUGUUUUGAGGAGUCCUGUUGGCCUGAGCAGUGAUGGCAUUUCCUCUAGUUCCAGUUCUUCAAGGAAGAAGCUGCAUAUCAAUGAUGCCUCUCACAACCAUCACUCCAAAAUGAGCAAAAGUUCCAAAAGUUCAGGUAGUUCAUCUAGUUCUUCCUCCUCUGUUAAGCAGUAUAUAUCCUCUCACAACUCUGUUUUUAACCAUCCCUUACCCCCUCCUCCCCCUGUCACAUACCAGGUGGGCUACGGACAUCUCAGCACCCUCGUGAAACUGGACAAGAAGCCAGUGGAGACCAACGGUCCUGAUGCCAAUCACGAGUACAGUACAAACAGCCAGCAUAUGGACUACAAAGACACAUUCGACAUGCUGGACUCGCUGUUAAGUGCCCAAGGAAUGAACAUGUAAUCAUUUGUUUAGGUCAAUUUUUCCUUUACUUUUUUAAUUUAAAAAUGGUUAAAGUGGAAAACUUCCUCCUGAUCUAGCAGUGGUAACACCUGCUGUUGCUGCCACUGCUUCAAUAUUUGUAAGUGCUGCUUUAUUCUUCAUUCUGAAAAGAAGAGAUUAUAGUAAACAAGUCUUUAUCUCCACAUAUGAUAGUGUUUAUAAAUACUGUAAAAGCAUGGAAGGUGCAAAACUCAGUAUUUCUACAAUUGCAGCUAAGAACAUUAGGAUGAAUGGCUGGCUGCUUCUAGGAAUAUAAGAUGCCUCAAGCAUCCAUUAUUUAUAAUUUGAAUACUGUAGCUAUUUUUUUGUUGCUUGGCUUUUGAAUGAGUGUAAAUUGUUUUCUUUUGUGUAUUUAUACUGUAUGUAUGAUUUGCAUGUUUCAAUGAUAAAGGGAUAAAACAGUAUGCUGACAACUGUUUACAAGAAAGUGGAGAAAAAUGUACAUACAUUUUUGUAUGUUUAGAUAUUACCAUAAAUACUCAGGAUUGGAGCUGCUUGUAAGUAUAACAAUAUACAGAAUAACUUUAUUUUCUCUUGUCAGAGUCCAUCACUAACCUAAAACAAAGGUGGCACUUUUUCAUGUUAACCUUAAACUCUAGGCCUUACUGGAAGCCAUUAGAGGGGGACACUUCACUACCGGAUGGUAUGCAGUGCCACAGAUGGUCUACACUGUGAGGCACUCAAUUUUUUGCCUUCAGAGGUUCUGACCAGAUUGGCUGCUGAAAUAACCCCUAAUUUUCUGAAGGCUUGAAGAGGAAAAAAUAAAGUUUACAUACUCUUGAUGUGAAGUGCAUUUAAGUGUUUGUUGGCUUGUUGCAGUACUACAAAACAGCUAUUAAUAAUGGAUAUGUGGAUUACUGUGAUUUGAAAACUAGAUUCACAAAAACUUACCUAGUGAAGAAGUUUUUCCUUAAAGAACUUUUAACACUACAUAUUUUAACAGUAAACAAGGAUCACUUUUCCUUUAGCAUUCAGAAUGACACCAUAUUCUUAAAUAUACUCCUCCCCUAAAGUGUGUCUGUGUGUGAUGCCAUAUUUUUUUCAGGUAAAUGCAGUCUUCCUUAUAAAAAUGAAAUGAAACCUAUGCUCUCUUAAUUAUUUUAUAUUCUAACAAUAAAAAGAUCACUGACUGUGCAUUGUACCUGUACUUAUAGCUUAUGAUUGUUAUCAGAAAGUUCUGUAAGAAAAAGAAAAAAAACUUCAGUCUCCAGUCAAACCACUCUAGUGGAGGUUUUAUAUUUGUUUGCACAUCUCAGUAUAUUCCUGUUGAGGUAAAGUUUGCACAGUCAUCUGACUCCUGAUUGAAUAAUAGACUUUAACAUGGUUAAAUUUUGUCUUAAAACACCAGUAGUAUGGCUCUUGUUUAUUGGCUAAUCUUGAAUUUAUUCUGUGGUAUACCUUCGAGCUGUUUAGUAUCUUUGAGAUGGGUUGGAUUCAACUUCUGUUGAAUGGAAAACUGUCUUAAUUUUUCCUCUGUGUAUAUGAACUAUUUUUGUUACAAAGCCACUGAUAUGUGCACAAUUGUAAUUUUACUCAAAAAUCUUGUGGUUGUAAAUAUUAAGAGUUUAAUCUUGUGCUCUACUUUUAUUUAGCAGUUACCUUAUUUGCCAGUAGCUUAUAAUUUUUUUAAGAUAAUUGUUAAUUAUUUUUGUCAAUGUUAUUUGAACUUGGGAAACUAGCAGCCUCUUUGUAGGGACUUUGCCUAGCUAGCAUGUCCACAUUUGUUAUUGUCUUGCAUAACUUUAGUAAUCUUUGUCAUUAUAUGUAACUUUGUUGCUCUGUAUGGCAUAAUAUUGUAUCCAUAAACAUGGUAAUUUUGAUACAGUUAUACUUUUACAGUGGUACAUAAUCCAAGGACUAGUAUAGAAUUAAGCUGAGUGCAAGAUGAGGGAGGGAAGGGUUUUUGUUCUUGGUAAUUUUAGAUGUGAAACCUCUACAGAGCUAUCAUGUGAAAUGACAUAGGGUGGUUGUGCUACUGUAUAAUUGGGGAUAAAACCAGGAAUUUUAAUAAGAUUUUGUAAAGAGUAUCCAGAAAAGUAGUGAAUUUAUUUUCAGUAUAGCAUAGGAAACAAUGUGAAUAUUUAAGGUCUGUGACUGUAGUUAAACUUCACUAAGAAUUUGCAGAAUUGUUUUGAGAUGUGGGAAUAAAGGUAAUUUUGUUGAAUCUUUAUUGGUGCUAAUGAUGGACAGUUAAAAAGAUAGCUAGUGUAUAUUGUUAUGGGUCAGUACUUAUUAGUACUUCCAAAAUUGAAUUUGAAAUGCUAUGUAUUUACUUUUCACUCUGUAAAUGUAAUUCUUUACAAUGACUUUAUUUAUUAAAGGGCAGCCGGUUGUGAUUUUUACAGGAUCGUGUGAGCUAUUGAAACUCUUUAACCUCUGAACAGGAUAUUAAGCUUCCAGAACCACAAUGGGGAUAAAUGUGGAAAUCUUUUUAAGUUUAUUUCCAUUAAACAAAAAUCUUAUAAUUCA